CCCUGGCAUGGCCUGCCGACCUCCCAAUCCCUGCUAGCCUUUUUCCGCCCCGCGUCUUGCCCGCACCUUCGACGGUUACUUCGACCACGCAGCAGCCCCUCGCUCUCCGUGGCGCCGGCUCUGUCAAUCGGCUCUUCUGGCAGGGUUCUUGAUUCUUCCAAGAACGGCGUCUCGGCUUGCCCAAAUCCUGGCCAAUUUGCUCCUUCGACCAUGUUGACGCUCCAAUUUCCCCGACCGACGCCCCCCGUACAUAUGCGCCUUACGUCCGCGUUAAUGAAAAUCGGUCUGGCGCCCAUUUUGCGACCGAUCUUGCACCCGUCAUUUAGUUCGGGUUCCCGCACGUCUUGUGUUGAGACUGGCCCUGUCGUGUCUGCCUCGUUUUCCCCACAACCAUGUCCUCGCGCUCCAACAUCCCGACGCCUCCGCCGGUCGACGGCGAGGAAGACAGGACCUUCAUCGGCAAGCCAUCGCCAGAUGUCGCGACCUCUUCCCGGUCCGCCGUAUACGAGCGCAAGAUGGGCGACACCGAGCUCUCGUACUUUUUGCCGUCUCGCCAGACGGGUGUGAAUGACAUGUACUUACAUCUCGCAUUCGACGCCCCACUGCAUCUUCUGCGUCGUGCACGCGUUCGACUAGUUUGGGCCAUUCUCAGGCUGCGACAUCCCCUGUUGUCCGCCGAAGUUGUGAUGCACGAUUACGAUGAUGUGCGCUUCAUUUACAACGUGCCAUCGGACCCAGAGGAGGCCUUGGGUAGCGCCGAGGCCGCAUUAGAGUUCCGUUCCCAGACUAAGGAUGAGCUUGUCGACUCGUACCUUAACGGCCCGCGGACGCUAUCCAACUCUCGACUCUCCUACCUCGUCAUAUCUCAGCCCGCACUUAGCGCCAUCCCCACACCGCCUCGGACGCCCUCUCCGACUCGUGACGGAUUCACGGCGACAGAAGACCUAUCGAUGUCGACAGGCCUCGAGCGAAAUCUGAAUGCAUCGAUCGGUCGGUUUGACGUCCUCUUCGCCGCGAUGCACUUUCUCGGCGAUGGCAUGGCAUUGCAUCAAUGUGCAAAUGACUUCUUCAGGCUUGUGGCAUGCGGGAAGAGCGAUGAUGAGCUCGCCACGGUCCUGGGAGACGAGUGGGAAAGACGGUUCGGAGGAGAUGUCGCUGCCAUUUCCUCGGAUCCGGCACUGCCAGUGCCCCUGGAGGCCAGGCUCGCCGACCCCACUACCCGUUUCCAGAAAGUCGCUACCGAAGUGGACUUCCACCUCUCCCAGAGCACCCUAGUCGGAGGCCAGACGUUCCCGAAGCGGAAACACCCCGACCGCCAUACCGUCCUGCUGAACAAGGACUACCCUUCCGACCUGACGAAGGCGAUCUUGAGGAAGUGCAAGCAGAAUGGAGUGAGCAUCAGUGCCGCGGUCUUCGCUCUAUGCAACAUCGCGUGGGCGAGAAUGGGAGGAGGAAAGCCCGAACUGCCGACGUUGAUGUACUCCGCGCUGAACCUGAGGCCAUGCUUCAAGCCCGCGAAGUUGCUGCACGACUCGUACUGGUUCCUCGCUAUCGGAUACUUCAACGUCAUCCUCCCCAGCUUCGUGCCCAAGUCUGACCAGGAGAAGACGUUCUGGCAUCGUGCGCGUCAAGCAAGGGUGCAGAGCACGCAGGCGGCGAAGAACAUGAUGAUCGUAUCGCGCACCCGCGAGAUGGCCAAAGAGAGAGGGGAGCGUGCGCGCGGUUGGGCGAAGGAAGAUGACGAGAGGGAGCGAGGCACUUGGGUCGCGCCGGCUCCUGCCCCUGCUGCCCCCAGCGUCAAGGACAUCCUCCCGGCUCGCCCGCCCGCGCCGUCCGCUGCGCUCAUGGGCCUGUCGCUUCUGGGCAACCUUGAUGCCAUAUAUACGGCUGCAGAGUAUCCAGACGUGAAGCUGCAGGGGUUGACAACGGGAUCCAGGCAACGGCAUGGUGCCAUGCUGCUCUUCGGAUUCACGUUCGCAGGCAAGCUCUGCCUGAGCUUGGGUUAUGACGAGAACGGAUUCGCCGAAGGGGUUGUUGAGAAAUUCUGGGAGGAGAUGCAGCGUUGCACGGACGAGUUCUUGGUGUAAAGAGGACGAUGCACGGACUAGGGAACAUUGACUGAUACGAACGCUAAUAUUGGACGCUGCUAGGGACUGAUUAAGUGGUUGAUUG